UUUUUGCAGUUUCUUACAAUUUGAAAAAUAUCGCGCAGAUUUUCAUAAUUGCAAGAAUUUUUGCGCAGGAAAUUAAUUUAUUCCCAAGCCAAAACUUUAUUUACAUUUACAAUCUGGUACUGCACUAUCUUUUGCGUAAACUACUUGGCAAUAAGUGCGAGAACGCGCUGCAUACACCUGCGCGCAGGCUAGCUGCGUACGUGCGUCUUGGUUGUUUCGCGUGUUAAAGCGUGCAGACGAGAACGCGCACGAGGCGGAACGAGAGAUUUUAAAUCGGAUUGAAAAACUAAAAUCCGACAAUUGAUGAAAGUGCUUUGUUUUUUCAGUAACGUGUUGUAUAUCUUACGAGCUCACCACAUUUUCGUGGUACGAAAUUUGUGACCAAUAACGCUACCAAACUCUGUUUUGCCGUGAUAAGCUUCUGAAAAUCUCCUUGAGAUUAUCCUAGCAGGAAAGAACGGUAAGGAAUUAUAUGUUUGUUCUUUAAUUUCGAAUUUAAAACAUUGAACUAUUUGCCAUGUUUUACCACUCUCAGUAAUAUUUAACGAUAUUUAAUGUACCUUGUACAUUCCCAUGGCGAUAAAUACGAAAUAUUCGUGGAAAACGCUAUUGGUAUUUCAACUAUUUUUAUGCUUCUGGGCUUCCAAGCAUUUUUAGCCCUUGUAAAAAGCGUACAAAUAAAUUUGUUAUUUGUACCGCAGAAUAAUGAGCUGAUCUGUACUCGGAAUGAAAGUGCUAAAUAAAUAAACGCGGCGUUUUCCACAAAACUAUUUUGAUAGAAAGAAACUUUCGGAAUGAUAGGGAUACAACUACCUGAAAAAUACAAGGGAAAUGUCGAAAUUCUGCUUUUAUUUUUCAGUUGGCCCCAUCAAUCCGAAGCCUUAUUGCCACUGCCUACACUAGCACAGGGCGUUCAACUAUUUUGAUAUGAUUUUUGUUUCGGCACUGGAGUCUCGGACGGUUCUCUAUGUAAACAUUCCUCCAAGGAAGAGCUACGAAAAGCGGAUUAUAGGCUAUUAGCACGCUAAGAAAGCAAAAGUUCGUCAUAUAAGGGACCUCCAGAGGUGUUAAAUACUAUUUUAAAUCUUCACAACCUAUUCAGCGUGCUAAAUUGACAGAUUAUCGCAGAUAAACAUUUCUCCUAGCUGAAACUUCCAUAUUUCAGAGUAUAUUUAUUGUAAGAAAAAAAAUAUAAUAGAAUGCAUCGCACAUUUUAGAAAUCUAUAUUUACGAAUAAAUUGCGGUCUGACAGUUUCUAAAUUAAUCCCCCCUGAUAGGCAAAGUUUUGUUUCUUCCCCCCCGGAUAUCGCGCGGGACUAAAAUAGAACACGCGUUUCACGCGCACUUCACACAGUUUGUAUGUCAUAAAAUGUCGAGGCGCAAGUCUUAAAAAACAUGCGUUUAUUUGCUUCAAUUUGUUAAAAUGUAGGUGCUUUAAAGAAAGAAAGACCUGUUGGUUUGUCUACUUUGUAACUUAGACACCCAGGAAGGGCAACGAGUGUUUAAAUUGCUUUGAAUACAUUAUGCAGUCGAGCGAGCAAGCGAGCGAUAAAAAAGCCAGUGAGCCGAACACGAAGUGCCAACAUGUGUCGACUACUGUGACAAGUAAUGGUGAUUCUCAGUGGAAACAAGACGUUUUAAAUGUUAUACAAAACACCAAAAAUACAAGAGAAGUUUCAUUAACCAAGUAAGUCUAAAAGAUUUCAACGUUUUCUUUAUUAUGUAACAGGCUUUUGUACUUCAUGCUUUUGUAAGUGCUAUGAAUUCAAGUUUUGUUAUUCUCCAAGUGAUUGGCUGGUUUAUCACGUUGUAAUAAUUCUCAACAAGUAUUUUGAAACAUUAUUACUUUGUUACAUUUCUACUUUCAAAAUAAUAAUAAAAGAUACUGCCUAUCCUAGCUAUUUAAAGAUUUAAAGCUAUUUUACUAAGCUACUUAGAGAAAGAUCUCGUUUCAUUCUAUACAUUACAAUUGAUUGUUUUUGUCGGUGAGUUUGUAUGCUAUAGAAUAUUUGAGUAUGAAUUGAAAAAGGGUUUAUUCUUGCUUUCAUAAAUAGGGACGAAGCGACUUCCAUUUGCCGCCAGAAAGGAAUGGGUGAUCGUAAAAUUCAAGAAGUUAUGAGUCAAUUAAAAGGAGGGAGAGAUGUGUCGUUGGAGUGUUUAGAAGAUUUACUUCGCGAAUUCCCUCCACCAAACACUGAUCAAAGUGGUGAAACGAAUUCCUGUACCUCGACUGAUGUAUUUAUUGAUGAUAGCGCAACAGAGAAAACAAACGUCAGUGAAGCCAGCAUUGUCAACUCGGCUGGUGUGACUAACAAUAUAAGUAGGGGGACGAAUUUUUUGGAAUUGGCCAACACGGUGAGUACAUAUAGAUUGUAGAAAAUGCUGUAGAAAUUUUAGUUCAAUUUGUGUGAUUGUGUUCGUUGUAUUAUGUUUGUUUUGUCCCAAUUUGUAUAGCGUUGGUAAUAUCGUUUUAUGGCAUGUUUACUUUACUCUCUGUCGUGUGACAUUCUAUUUGUGUCUGCUUGUGAUUUUCUAUACUCAAAACGUCGCGUUGAAUAUUGUCAUAGAGAUUUUUUCGCUUUAACGAACGUAUUCAGAAGAUUUGAACGGUCUAGAGCCUUGAACAAUAAAGUCAAAAGCUUACUGUUCGGAAUAAUAGAUUAAUUUAUAAAACACAGAUUUGUCAUGUCGGCUUUAGUCAAUGUUUAAUCAAGUCAUUGUUGAAUAAGUUGUAACAAACAAUGCUUCAGAACGCGAGCUCAACCUGUUGCGUCGAGUGUAUUUUGAUCUAUUUUACCUCCAGCCCUUCGUAAACGUAAACAAUUUUAGUGCAAGAAUUCAAAAUAUUUUCCCCACAUUGGGUUUGUUAAAUAAACACUGCGUUGGAUAUUGAAAUUGUAAACUAUAAUUUUCCCAUCAAUCUCGUCAAGUGUCGAUAUUAAUGUUGCAAUGUGUGGGCUUCAAAAUUUCUAGAAUUUCUCCUCAGAAUGAGAGAUAUAUUCGAUUUUAGUAAGUUAUAAAGCUCAAGCCUCGCUGUUUUUACUAUUAAAGCAAAUGAAUUUGCACUGCAGGUUUUUUUCAUAUUAGUAUUUUGCAUAUUGAUAUGUCUGGCCCAAUGAUAAAGAACCCACAAAUAUAAAAUAUGUGAGAACAGUAUCACUGUUUCACAUUAAUUAGAAAUUCAAUCACUUGCAACUGAAUUUGAUUUUUCAAUCAGGAAUAGAAAUAAGUUUGAUUAGACUUGAAUAUUUCAUAAAUUAUGCACACAGCAUCUGUCUGCAUUAAAGUUGUUUAUGUAAUUGAAUAUUGCCAAGAGCCAGAGGCACCUAUAUAUUUGCCUAGGGAAAUAAAAGUUCAUCUCCUUGGGCACAUAGUUCUUUUAUAUAGUUCUUAUAUUGUAGUUUACUAUUAAAUUUUGAAACAUCUAGCAAUUUUGAACUGCUUUCCAGUGGGAUAUUGGUGAAUAUAAUAGGCUGUGUGUUGAUGCCCAUUGGCAACUCAAUCCUGCCAUACUUUAUAGACUUGCUCUGUGCUUGUCAGAGGAACAACACAGUUCUGUAAUUACAUAAUUCUAGAAAAACUGGGCAGGGUGAGAUCUGUCUCAGGGUAUUAGUGCAAAAUAACGUUGGGUAUUAAAAUAACAAAUAAUUUCAUUCACCACCUGCAAAUUGGAAUGGAAAUGAAUAUGAGAAAGAUAUGAAAGAAAUGAACUCAAUUACUGAAACUGAGAACACCAUAGGCCAUUUUUCAAGGAAAACCUCGCAAGCCAGUCUCGUCCACUCCUCCCCCUUGCAAGGUUGUUUUUGAAGCACUAAGAAUCUCGAAUAGUCUGUGGUUGUACAUGUCAAAUUCUAAAAUUCAUCUUAAGUUCAAGUAAUGUCAUGGACAUUGGUGUAAUUAUGCACUACAGUAUUAAUGCAAUUUUGAAAUUGUAAACCAUUUUUCUUUGAUAUGCAAUUGAUUUUGAAUUUCCUUUGCUUUGUUAACCACAGAUUUGUCAAUAUAAUGAGAUGCAUAUUUCUAUAUUGUCUGCUUGCUUGAAAGAUUUUUCCCAAGUGAACUUCUAGUCUGCAAAACAAGAACAGAAAUGAUAUAUGCACAUACUUAUUACAAAUUAGUGCACCAUUUUACAAGCAUACAAACUGGGGAGGGAGGUGGUAAAAAUGUUUAUUAUAGACUCAUUAUCAUUCCUGAUAUGUUUGUUCUAGUCAGGGGGUUUGAACGAAAGAGUACUCUUUGCACACUUGUGAAAAUGUUGAAAAUUGUGAUCCUUGAAAUCUAAUAUAAUAUUAUAUACAUGUUAUGCAGAUAUUAUAUACAAUCCUAUUAUAUACAUGUUAUGUACAAAGAUAAUUUGCUAGUGUUACAUUUCAAUAUUAAUUUCCUGAGAAUGUUCGAGGCAGUAGAAUUGAAAAGAAUGGCACAGAUUAGAAAAUAAAAAAAGAAUAGGUAUAUGUUUCAUUACACUAAAAGUCUCUGUACAAUAAUGUUUUCAUUAAGUCAUAAAGUUUACGAAUGUCUAUUACAGCUGGAACAAGGGCAAACCGAGGCCGCUUUUGCAUAUUUUUUAUGUUUUCUAACCAACCAAAACCAAUCACCAAUGGGUUAUUUUGACUAAACAUUUUCCGGUUAUGAACUUAUGACAUAGCCAUGGGUCUUUUUGACUUAGUUUGAAAACAUUAAAAAUACGCCAAAGUGGCCUUGGUUUGCCUGUUCUUGAUGUAAUACUACUGUCUGAUGAAUAAAUUGUUUUUUCUUAGUGACGCAAAGAAAAACCAUUUUCUCACAUUUGCGCAAAUUUAAUCAACACUUCCGCGUGAUAUGUUAAUUAAUUUGCUGGCUCCAAUUCUUCACAUACCAUGCGCUGUUAGUUCUAAAUCUCGGGACAAAAGGCGAGAUUUUGAAUGUCAGAAUAAUAGAGCGUGGCAAAACACAAACCGAGCAAGGCGCCCAUGCAACCGACUGAACAAACCAACGCCUUGAUCAGUGACUUUAUUUCCUCUCCGACUCCAAUUCCGCACAGUUUGGUGUAAAAACAAACAAACAAUUUCACAUUCGAGAAAAGACAACACACGGUGAAAGCUUUGGUUGUCUUGCUCACACAAGUGGUAUGAACGCCUGAAUUGAAAACGAUGAACAAGAUAGAACUCUGGAUAAGUUCCUUGUAGAGCAGCUCGCAAAGCGAAACAGUUAAUUCCAUUGUGACAAUACUGCGAUUAAUCUCAAGAAGCUCGUGAUGAACGUCGUUUCUACUUGGCAAAAAACUGCGAUGAAAUUUGAUGUAGUAUCCGUAGAUUAAUACCAGUAGUAUACUCAUAACUGUCCCAGCGAUACAGCUAGCUAAGAAAACAAUUCCUGUCGUGUUUCUUUCAUGUGUAAUAAGCGAGAUGUCGGUCUGUAGUUCUUCGUAAACAGCCCAAUCUAAGUAGACGUCUGUCGCGUGAUAGGCUAUCAAAGCUGAGUAGAAAAAUAUCUUGAAGUAAAGAUCAAGUUGUAUUCGAAACAUUGUCAAGAACAACUGUAGAAGUUUUUAGAAGACUUUGGCCAAUCACUACAAGUCAUACGAUCUUCUGUGGCUAGAAUUGAACAAAUCUGUGCGUUUUUAGACCACUUGACGCGUUUUUCCUCAGCGGAAGUUGAGAUUAAAAAUAAAGGUUUCAAUCAUGGAAAUUUGAUAUCGACAUUUGUGCACAUUCGCAAAUCAUAAUUUGAUUAUGACAAUCCAUUUGUGGCAUUUGUUUUUUUUGCGCAAAUUGCUUCAAGAGUUUUUGACCUCUGGUAGAACAGUCGUCAAAGCAAUUGCCUUUCACCUCCGAGAUUGUAGAGAGGGCCAUAGCUAGACGCGAUAAAAGAUAAAAACAAUCGCUUUCAAAAGAAAUCUGUUGGGCAGAACACGAAUAUAUGAAUAUGCCCCCCCCCCCCAAUUAUCUGUCUAGCUACGGCCCUGACUGUAGAUUUACGCAGUAGAUUUUAUUCAUCUAUAGAAGAUCAACGCAGAAUCACGAGUUUUGCUCUGGAUAUUAGUGCGUUGGAAAUAGGUUACUUUCCAACUUUACAUAUAUUGUCACAUUUUGUUGAUUAUGUAAAACUCCAGGCUAUGUGUGUGCUAUGACGCAGAGCCCCCAGCAGAAACACGUUUCGUGUGGGUCUCGCGAGGGCCUCCGUAGGCUAAUAAAAUAACAUGUAGAUACUGUAGAUGAUAACGGACGAUUGUUUGCAAAUGCCUUCCGUUCAGGAAAACCUUUGUAUUCCACUAAGCUUUUAACUAACGCAAAACAAUCAUUAAGGAAUUUUUAUUUCGAUAAUAUUGGAAAUAUUUUGAGUUUCAAGGGAUUGUUUCCCACUCACACUUUUCCACAUUUAUUUUGUGAAGGAGGUGUCCAUAACAAGCAUAAAAAUGUGAUAAAAGUAGAGGCAGGCCUGACAGUAUCAGCCAAGAAAGGCUACAAGAUUGGAGUAAAAGGAAUGAAUAAAUUAAAGGCGCCAGCCUUUCAAAUUCUAUUUCGUCAUUGGACUACGCCACUAAGGAGUCAUGUAAGAUAUGCGCACGCAGAUCGAGUGUUCAAUUGCAAGCAAUGAUCGAGAGUGUUCACAGGUUUUAUUUAGCGGGAACAAAAUAUUGAAAAUAAAUUCUACGUUUUGUAGGAUUUGUAAGAAAUGUUUGAGGAGUAGUCAGUUCCCUCAAACACAAAUCCUUCAAAACUUGGAAUUUACCGAUGCAAAAUUCCUACUGUGAUCACAGAAACUUUGAUAGAGUAAACCAUGCAGCCAGCAGAAUAGAACAUGACAACAUCAAAAUAAGAAAAAAGUCCAGUAUGUGAAAUAUGUAUGUAUGGCAUUAUUUAAAACGUACUUGAAACUAAACAGAGAUAGACGCAAUUUACAUUUUUCUGGCACAUUCAAGCACUCAUCCUCAGACAAUGAUAUCAAGCAUACCCAUUAUAAUCAUGAUAAAACGUAGAACAAAACCUAGACCGCCAGUCGUCUAAGAGAUAAUUAGUACAAAAAAGAUGUUUUUUGUUUCUAAUGUCCAACGCAAAUCAUUUCCUAAUUCCUGCGCACUUUACAUAUGGUUUUCAUAAGUUCUUAUUUGGUCAAAACGUAUUUGUUUGAAAUGUUGACAAAUGAUAGGAGCAAAGAAAACUCCAUCUUUCAAUUCUGUUUAUUUGCCACAAAAUACAAGACUCGUAUACAUCUAUUGAAAAGUAUUAAUAUUAUUUCCCCACUCUGAUAACUACAGGUUGACCGCCGUCUGCUGAACAGUGUUAAUGAAAGCUAAGCGUAUUUGCUAUAUAAGCUCUUACGCUUGUCGAGCGCUUCUCGAAUUGCAGCGAAUGCUAAUCACAACAUGUUGGCAUCUCAAUGUGCUCAGACACUUAAACCAUAGUUAAUAACUAUGCUUAAACGGACAAUUUUCUGACAAUGAGUUUAGGCCUUGAGGGCGUUUAGCACAAUUACGAGCAAUUUGUUUGUGGCUUCUUAUUCAGCGUCGAGAAUGGAUAGUGAAAUACAUCGGAGUUAUUACCCCUUAUUUUCGACUGAAUUUGUCCGCCGAAGAUUGCUUAAAUUGAGAAGGGUAUGUGUUUAAUCGUUGGAGUAUUAUUGUUGUUUAUUUGGCUAACUUUAGACUUGCUUUGGCGAAUAUACUAUAUUAGAUUACCUUAAUGUGAAUACUGAAUAUUGGAAGCCAAAUAAAGAUAGCUGAUGGUAUUUACUAUUCAUUAAAAAAAGCGAAAUAUUAUAGAGUUGUCUCAAAAUUGAUCUUAUCUCUCGUUCAUUGCAUGCAGACCUUUGUCAUUUGUUUCAGCUACGAAUUCCGUGAUUAUUUUUAGACUAAGAUUAUGCGUAAGCGCUCAGACAAACAAAGCAUGGCGAAUUUUCUUUUGCCCGGAGAGAUUGAAUCCUUAGAGUGAAAACGAAAAUAAAUAUGUAGCGAAACUGUAGAAGUUUCAGGCAUAAAUAUGAAGUUUUCUGGCUGCUAACGAACGGUUGCACUUAAGGGUGAUCAGUAGUUUUUUAUAGGAAGUUUUUGUAGUAUUCAGUAAGAAUCACCUAGGAUCACCCCUUAUUGAUUCAGUAUUAAUACUACAGGAGGAAACCCAAGUAAACCUGGCUAUAUAGAAAAUCUGGAAACACUCUUCUGACAGGCGACCUGAUGAGAAGUUUCCAGAGGUGACUUGCACUGACUUGUCAACACCAGUAAACUUUCUUGUUAUUGGCAAGUGCAAGAGAAUUCUUUGUUUGCAAUGACGUAAUUCUGAGAUUUCAGUUGACGGGCAGGUAUAACAAAAAACGGCUAUUUUAAUGUAUUGAUCGAGUUUAGAGACAGUUUAAGACUCGAAAGAUGAAUUACAGUUGAGUUUUUCUUGUACAACCAUUCUGAUAGGAGAAAAAUCGUCCACAAGUUGUUGGAUUGCCCGUCAUUUGGUUGAAAAGUCACGUGAUUGCAGACAAAGAAUAUCAUUGAGCCCUACCCUACUUUCUAUUCACUAUCAUGUAGGAAUGACUUUUACAUAAAUGUGUUCCUGGCUUCACUUUCUGUAACUUUUCAGCUCCACUUUGCUGCCCUCACCUCUCUGAAGAGUGAAAUCAAUGAUCUACAGAAGCAGGUGAAGAAAGUGACGUCAGAGCGAGAUUCAUAUCGGCGCACACUCAAGGAGUCUAGGGACGAGAAAGAUCGACUGAUUGUCAAAUAUGAGGAGCGGUUACAUGAGCAGGAACAACAGGUAAUUGCUAUGUGGGUUGUUUGUGAAUCUUUAAUCUUUGUGAAUCUUUAAUCUUUUGUCGCCGUUUAAGUAUAUUUUCCGCAUUCUUACAGACGAUUAUAACCUCCUCUGCAGGUAACUAUUUGGUAGAUACAGUGCGUCGCAACAAGCUACUGUGAGGGCACUGAUUACAGUCGAUUUAACGAAACGUUGACCACAAAUGUUCCGAACUUCGUUGCGAAGUUCAAAAGUUCAUAAUGAGAUUCACAAACCAGUUUGUAAACUACGCAUCUGAUUGGCUUCUUUUACUUUAGGGACCAAUCAGGGACUUUGUUUACAAAUUGGUUUGUGAAUUCCAAUAUGAACUUUGAACUUCGCAACGAAAUUCGGAACAUUUGUGGUCAAAGUUUCGUGAAAUCGACUGUAAAGUUAUGUUUACAUUAUACCAGAUAGCUUUCCGUAGCGGCGCGAAUCUCCCUGACUAAUCUUACGUUUGGUGACUUUACUUAAAGCUCUGCAUUUAACUGCAGGUUACAGAGUUAAUAGUGUUAUUGCUCAGUUUGUAAGAAAACUUUUUUGAGCUUAAAAGUCGAGUAUAUCGCUGUGUAAACAGUAUGAGACUAUAUCCUAUACUCACUGUCACUAUUUAAUCGUAGGUUACGGAGUUGCAAAGUGUUACGAGUUAAUAGUGUUAUUGCUCAGUUUGUAAGAAAACUUUUUUGAGCUUAAAAGUCGAGUAUAUCGCUGUGUAAACAGUAUGAGACUAUAUCUUACUCACUGUCACUGUCACUAUUUAAUCGUAGGUUACGGAGUUGCAAAGUGUUAUUGCUGAGUUAAGAAGAAAACUUGAUCAAGCUUCAGUGAACUGUAUCGCUGAAGAAGAUGAGGAGGAAGAGGGAACACCAAGCUCUGAUGGUGCUGGAAAUUGUGAGUAUUAAACCUUCAACUUUUAAAUAACCUUCGAGUUACUUGAGACAGAGACCUACUGAAUGAUUUGUUGGCAGAUAUCUGCUGUACGGCUCAUCAUCGCCAUCGUCAUUAUCCUUGUAUCUCCUCAUGGAAGUCAGGCGUCUUUGUCGACAUCUCUCUCGAUUCAUAAUGUUAUGUCUUUCCAAAUCUACCUUUAUACAAUCUAUCCAUCGUUUCCAUGGUCUACCACGUGGAAGAUUUCUAUCUUCCUUUCUUUUCAUUGCCCAUCCAGUGAUAUGAUGUGGCUCGUCUUCAUCCCAGUCUUGCUUUCUUAAACUUCUUUCUCAGUUGCCGAAAUACCUUGAUUAAAUAUAAUUAUUUUGAAUAAAUACAUAGUUAUUCCCCGUUAUUUGCUAUAUUGAGACUAUUUCUUCAUAUCUCCAGCCACCAAUGCGUCUCAAGGCGGCAGUGAUCAGGAGGACACAGAUACCGCGGAAGUAUUUGAACCGAACGAACAACGAGCCACAGAUUCAGAUCAUGUCGACGAAGUUCACUUCAAUACUUUAUCUAAGACCAACCAAAAACUGCAGUCUCUUGGACAGAGCGUUUCAAGUCCAGUCAGCGAGAAGCCAGACGAUGCCAAACAGUUGGAACUGAGUCGCUCUAUCUUUCUACAACUUCAGAAAAAACUGACUGAGCUCAAAGACCAAUGCCAGGAACUGGAAAAGAAAAAGCAUCAAAGUAAGUUGAUUCAGACUCUAGCAAUUUAACUCAGGUUUGCUCCGGCUUUGUCCUGUAGUACAACCGGAUUAAUGGCGCUUAGUGGACCUUUAUUAACAAGGGAUGGCACUCAAUGAUCUCCUGGGAAAACAAUAUAGAACCGAUAGAUAAAGUUUUGGUUAGAGGUUUAGAGUUUUAGAGGUUUGGUUUUGGUAGGUUUAGAGUUUUAUUUAACUAUCGUUGUUCUACCUUCAGUCGAAAAGCAGAUCCAGCAAGCCAGCAUUGUUGAAUAUGUGAGUCGAAAACGAUCAAGUGAAGGCACCGAGGUAAAAGAAUCUUAUUUUCUCAUUUUGAUAACUGCAGAUUGACCAUCACCUGCUGCACGAGAGUGCUUAGUGAAAAUGUAUUUUAUGAUUUGUAGUUACAACAACAAGUAUUGAACAUCACAAAAGAACGAGAAUUAAUGAAAGCUAAAGUGUCGAAGUUGGAACAAGAACUUGAUAAAAGCAAAGCUCUAACAAAGUCAUUGCGCGAGGAUAGAGAUGGUUGGAGAAGAAAGGUUAGCAUGCAGUUGUCUGGAUUUCAUCUCCGUUGCAUACGAGAAGAAUGGUUUUCUCCGGUUUCUUCCUGUAGUAACACUGGGUCUGUAAAAGAUGACUCUUGCUGAACGUCUAGGAAGAAUAGUGGAGCUGUCGUGUAUUGAGCUGUCGUGUAUUGUAUUAACGCAGGAUCAAUAAGUCGUAACCGUCAGUGGACCUCUGGGAAAGACAGUUUAGAACUGAUAGAGCUGCCGUGGGUAUACAUUUAGUCUAGUUUGGGGUACUUCGUGUAGUAAUACUAGACCAUAGAUAUCUAUGUACUAGACCAAUAGAGACUACUUGACGUCAAGGGAGAACAGUUUAGAACUGUUGGAGCUAUCCGUUAUAAAAAGCCAGCUAAGUUUUGUAAAGGGUACAUUUGGCUUUCUAAAUUUCAGCACCAAGAAAGCAGCAAGCAAAAACAUUCUUUAAUGAACGGUUCAAGACAUGAGAUCAGUGACAGCAGUGAACCACCGUCACCUCGCCCCAAUCGCUCGAACUCGGCCUUCACACCAGUCAAUACAUCACAACAAAACUCGUCUCAGUUCUCUCCACGUCUCGGCCGACCUCGCGGUUCGUCCACACCAACAUCGCCAGUGGCAAGACGUCAUAGUUUUAAUAGAUCUUGGACGCUUGGUGAAAGUCCUGGCUCGUCGUUAAAGUCCGUCAAAAACUCCCCACCUGGUAGUGGUAAGUGUUUUUGUCGUUUCCUUUAAGCUCUGGGUCAACAAAGAAUCACUCUUGCAUAAAUAUUUUUUCAAUAAUCCCAUGGCAAGGCAUUGGUCGGAAAACACUUGCAUGUUCUCUCAUUGCUGACGACGACAUCCAGGUGAAACAGGUUUUAACAAAGCAGUAUGUAUAUUUUAGUAAAAUCGGCGCACAGCGGUUGGAAGAAUGCAUCGAGUGACUUAGGAUCAUCUGUUGUCAGUUGUCCUGAUGCGGUGUUGAUGAGUCGGCACAAGAAAGACAGCACAAAGAGUGAAGGAGAAAAUGAAUUGAUUGAAGGACUCACUGGAGACAAGUUGAUCAAAAUACUGGUUAGUUUUACACUUGAUAUUAUAAUGUUCCCAUUUACUUCAGGUCCGUGAUGUUUCUGACCAUUCAUUUCUUGUUAUAAUGCAUGUGUCCAUACCACGUUAGCCUUGCUUCCUUCAUCUUCUCUGCAAUGUCCACCUCCCCACACGUUCUUUUGAUCUUUUCACUGUGUAAUAUCCCUGACCAGCUUGUCCAUACAAUGUCAACCCCUCUCUUCGUCUGAUUUCUUCACUCAGUAAUGUUCCUGACCAGCUUUCCUUCAUCUCUUCUUAUAACAUGUCCAUACCAUCUCAUUCGUUCUUACUUCACUUCCUCGACAAUGUCUAACUUCUCUUCAUUCCAUAAUGGCUCUGACCAGCUUCCAUCUCUUCUUAUAACGUGUCCAUUCCAUCACAGUCUUGCUUGCCUGUAACUAAUGCACUGUAUGUUUCCAGCACCAACUGCCAGAGUUUGACAAGAUGCCGGAAUCCUUAGUGAACACACUUCAGUCAUGUCAGACAUUGCGCGAUGUUUUCCACGCACUACACACGCACUGGACACAGCAGUCAGGUGACCAGAUUCACGAAUAUCAGAUCGAGGUUGAACGUUUGCAGACGAAACUUGAACACAUUCGAGCUCAGAAUAAUGUCAUAGCUUUGUCCAUGGAAGAGAGUAAAAGUAACAGUGAACAACUAUCUCUAUUGAUAGGUCAGUAUCGAAUCUUUUUAUCAAGGUGUUGGAACAAUGUGCCCUUCGUCUUUAUGACGAAUGUUACGAUCCCUACACUAUACAGAUUAUAAUUUCACCUCACUCCCAUAUGAGAAGAGUGUUUGCAACUCUACCAAACACCACAGGUAGAACUAUCGAGUACAAAUAAAGUUAGUUUAGUUUUGGGUUUCCUUCUGUAGUAACAAUGGAUCAAUAAAGGACGACCCUUACUGCACCUCUAGAGAGAAAAUUUUAGAAUCUGGUAUAAAUAAAGUUACUUUAGUUUAAAGGAGUUUUAAUGCUAAAUCAGGACUCCGUAUUGUAUAUUUCAGGGAAGUAUGAAUCACAAUGUUUGGCUUUACAAGUGGAACUGGAUCUGUGUGACCGAACAAUCGAUGGUUACGAGGCGUUCGUGUAUUUACUGGAGAGCGAACAAGAAGUAUUAAGUAUAAACUGUAAUGCAGAUGGCAUUGAUUUAUUCCGUUAUCGCUCGCUAUCCCGAGUAGGGAGCGAAUCAAGACUUCGGUGUCCGGACAUUUACGAAGAUGAUGACGAUCAGAUGACGUCGGGAUGUUACGAACGCCGACGACAUGCCGAGACGCAAGCGAGAGCGUUGUUACAGAGAUACGAUAAAGGUUCCGAUGGGAACGUUUCGACGGGGGCAAAUCGCCCAUGGGAGGAAUUGUCUUCUGUGAGCCGGACUAGUGCCACUAGUUCUACUGGAUCAUCCGCUGAGCUUGAUUUCAGUAAAGAAGAGGAGGGCAGGCUCAGAGCUUACUUAUCAAGAUUAAAAGAGGAACGAAAGACAGUACGAACCACUUUAAUGGAAUUACAAAGUGUGCAUGAUGUUUUAGUUCCGGUGGCAAGGAUUGAGUUAGACUCACUUGAUGCCAAACUAGAUUUAGAAAAUGCAGUUUUAUUACAAGAACUUAUGGCGUUCAAGGAAGAGAAAGCUGAACUCAGAGCGAAGGUUUAUUUAACUGAAAAAGAAAAGAAAGCUUUAGAGUUACAGCUCUAUUCAAGAGAGGCGCAAGAACAAGCGUAUGUUGUACAUAUUGAACAUUUGAAGACUGAGUUGAAAGAUCAGAUUAGGAAACGACGGAAACUCGAGGAAACUGCUCGAGCGAUUCAAGGAUCAAAGACGAGUGUAAGUGGUUAUUUGACUUUAAUAUAGAUAUUUAUGCGUUAAUAUAGAUCACUUACUAUUUUCAUGAAUUCAUGUAGGAUGGCGAGGCUUCCAGUACGUCAGCAACACCCGCCAUUACGUUAGCGGAACUGCGGACGAGUGACGAAGAUAUUCCAGCAGACCUGUACGAAGCCGCGAGACGUGAGAAAAAACUCAAGUCACGAAUACGUGAACUCGUUGAUACUCUGGAGAAACAAUCCAAGAGUACAGAAAGUCGCCAUCAGCAGGCAGGAGAGUAUAUUUCUGAUCUGAAGCGAGCGAAUGGCGCGCUGGUUGCUGCUUAUGAGAAGGCGAAGAAGAAACAUACCGCGAGAGUGAAGAAACUCGAGUCUCAGAUGAUGGCCAUGAUGGAAAAACAUGAAAAACAGGUAUGAAUAUAAAAACAGGUAUAAAAAACAUGAAAAACAGGCAUGAAAAACAGGUAUGAAAAACAGAUAUGAAUGUAAAAACAGGUAUAAAAAACAUGAAAAACAGGUAUGAAAAACAUCAAAAACAGGUAUAAAAAAACAUGAACAACAGGUAUGAAUGUUCACAGAAUGACGGUAUGAUUUAGACUGAUUUUAUGCCUACACUACACUGCCAUUCCAAUAUUUUUGUUGCGACGUACUUGGCUUGACACAAGAUGCACUUAAUCGUUGCCAUAUAAUACAUGAAAUAUCACAGUUUCUGAAAGUGACCCUCUUGCUUGAAACUACCAGUUCAGAACAAGCAGAUCAGCAAGUCAAGUUGUCAUAUUUUGGCAUACAUGAUAGUAACUAUUGGGAGUCCACGUUCAUAAUAACUUGUUUUUUUUUUAGAUUUCGAGUCUUCGUGAAAGAAUUUCCAUGCAAGAUGAUUCAGGUCCAACGCACCCAAACGAAACCGCAUUAUAGUAGAAAAAGAAGUAUUCUUGGAGUGGCGAAACAGUUCUCGUCAUGAGCCUGAAAGAUUUCAGCGCCAUCGAACUAAAAUAAGACGUAACGCAGACAUAAAGUCUAGGAAUACGCUUAUUUUCCACCUCUUGAAUAUUGUUGAGUUCUUGUUUACACCAAGCAAAAAUCUCUUUGACUUUCUUGCUUCAAUCAUAGCUUGUUUUCCUUGGGAUAAGACGAUAAGUUGCACAUUAUCUUACAGUUUUAAACUAUAUUAUGAAAGGUCGUUAUUGCUAGACCAGAGCGAUGAGAAGAAGACUGUUCAUCUGCUAAAUGUUAUACCAUAACUGACCAUAUUUUCAAAGCUUAUAUAAUGUCAGCAAAGAAUUUCUUAAUCCAGUCAAUUUCAUUAAAUAUAUAAUACAACAUGUUUUUGCACUGUUCCUUCGGAAGAAUUUUAAAAAGAUGAGGUCAUUGCAAACAGAGGAGAAAUAUUUUAAAGAAUUAUAUAGAUAGAGCUCACUAAACGACCAAGACGCCAGUAUUUUAAAAAUAGAAAUAUUUAAGGAAAGAAUUUGCGUAAAGGUAUACAGAAAUUGUGCCGAAUUUUAUUUAUGGCAUACAUAUCAUAGAUUGUAGAUUAUAUUGUAGUUUUGUUUUUGUAAAUUUAUCAGCUAUAUUUUUACGUGAUAUUAAAGAAAUGUACAUUUCAACAAGUAUUUUGAUUCUUAGGAACAAUAAAAUAGGCGAUAUAUCGCAGAGGUUCAUUCUUCGCUUAUAGGUUUUGUCUGCAGGCAGGCAGGCCUACCUGCCGGGGCCUGGGACGAGAAUGAAAAUAUAUAAUACUUUUUCGUUUGCUUUUUACCGUGUCUAAAAUUAUUGCAAACAACAUUUUUAAGGAAAGUAAAUGCAUAAGACAUUUAACUGUUAAAAGAGUGUGAUUUUAAUGAGAGAAAAGAAUUAUAUUGGAC